CUCAAAGGGUCAUAACGUUUCUCCUCCUCUGUUUGUGUCAUCAAUCUUUCAGCCUGAGCAUGUCCGCUGGAGCCACACCAUGACUUCCCUCAACGAGUCAACCUCCCCUCCCUCCUUCCCUCUCUCUUCCUUUGCGCACAAUGUCUCCCACUUUAUCACCAACGACCCUUCAUACUCCCCCAUUCCCUUCUCCACUUCCUCCUCGCUGUCGUCGUCUAACUGCACCAUGUCUCCGUCGGCCUCCUCUCCUCCCUAUAACUUCUACGCCGUGCUGCUGGUGCUCCUGAUCUUCUGCGUGGUGUUCGGGAACGUGCUGGUGUGCGUGGCGGUGUCGCGGGAGCGCGCUCUGCAGACCACCACCAACUACCUCAUCGUCUCGCUGGCCGUGUCCGACAUGCUGCUGGCCACGCUGGUCAUGCCCUGGGGCGUCUACCUGGAGGUGGUGGGAGAGUGGCGCUUCAGUCUCAUCCACUGCGACAUCCUGCUCACGCUGGACGUCAUGAUGUGCACGGCCAGCAUCCUCAACCUCUGUGCCAUCAGCAUCGACAGAUACACAGCAGUGGCCAUGCCGAUGCUCUACAACACCAGAUACAGCUCCAGGAGGAGGGUGGCGGUGAUGAUUGGUGUGGUUUGGUUCCUCUCUUUUGCAAUCUCCUGCCCCUUGCUGUUUGGACUAAACAACACAGCCAGCAGAGAAGGCACCUCGUGCAGCUUUGCCGACCCGGCCUUCGUGGUGUACUCCUCCGUGGCCUCCUUCUACGUCCCCUUCAUCGUGACGCUGCUGGUGUAUGUGCAGAUCUGCGUGGUGCUGCGCAAACGAGGCAGACGCACCGCACCCCGGCGCAGACACGGCCUGCUCACACAGGGGGGGGGGGCUGAGGCCGGAGACAGUCAGCGGCACAGGAAGAACAAGUGCACUCAGCCAGAGGAUGUGAAGUUGUGCACUCUGAUCCUGAGGUCGGACACCGCAGGCCCCCAGCGCAAGAAAGUGCAUCCACACCUUCUAUCGUCCCCCGAUGCUUACCUCCCUCACCACCCUCCCUCCUCCCUCUCUGUGUGUCAGACCCUGGUGAAGGAGGCGAUGGUCCACCCCCUGGAGGUGGAGCCGGGUCGGUUCCUCCCUCAGACAGAGCAGAGCCUGGCUCCUCCACCCGCUCCCCAAACCUCCUCCCACUCGGGCCGGGCCAGGAUCUCCCUGGCCAUCUCAGUCGGACCCGCCCCGGUCCUUCCCUCCACCGUGACCCGAUCGGCCCUCAUGCCUCGACCCCCCACCCUGGAGGACGGCAUGAGGGGCCGUGAGGGGUGGAGGGAGCGCAGCAGAGGCAGAGAUAAAUGGGGGAUCACCAAGGAGAGGGUGAGGGGGAGGCUGUCCCAGCAGAAGGAGCGGAAGGCCACGCAGAUGCUCGCUAUCGUGCUAGGCGUGUUCAUCAUCUGCUGGCUGCCGUUCUUCCUGACCCACGUGCUGAAGGCGCACUGCAGGAGCUGCUGUAUCUCGCCCUCGCUGUACAGCGCCGUCACCUGGCUGGGAUACCUCAACAGCGCCGUCAACCCCGUCAUCUACACCACCUUCAACAUCGAGUUUCGCAAAGCCUUCAUCAAGAUCCUGCACUGCUGAGAGCUGGAGAGAUGCGGAGAGCCAACUGUCAAGAUAAAAAAAACAUAAACGCCUGACUUUGGUUUGAGAUCAGAGGUGAGAAAGACGAGGAGACAGAAAGAAGGAGUCCUCGGUGUUGAUACACAUGGAGGGGCGGGGGAGACACAAUGAUUUGGACGACUGAUGAGCAAGCUUCCUGGGAAAUGAUAGUCAGACGAGACAUGUGUAAGAGAAGACUGAAAAAGGACAGAAACAUGGCACGGGGGGAAUAAAAACCGGCAGAGCAUGCUCAUAAAAAGAGAGUGUCUGUCAGGUGAGAGACAGCUGAACACACAGCGUGGGAUAUUUAUGGAAAAGUAGAAAUACACAUUGUCUGAAUAUGUGAAGAGUCUGAGGACUGAUCCCCCCACAGCCUCAAAGACUCCGAGACGUGACUGACGUUCCAAUACUUGAUUUGUUUCAGACUUUCACUGUGUUUUCUUGUAAUCUUAACAAAAGGCAUCUUGUUAUUUGCUUGCAUGUGCUCGUCUUUCUCGGAGGACUGGAACAAGUCGAUGCAAAGAAAAUAAACUACGACCAUUACAAGCGUUUUUUUUUUUUUAUUACCCGAGGCUUGAUCAUUUUCCACAUAUUUAAAAAAAAAAAGAAGUUACACCAACAAAGAAAUAUUGAUUUGGUGAUUAAGUGUCCAUACAAAAACAGCAGACAGAGACGAGAGCUGUUAUCUAAUUUAAUGUGAAGACCUUUUUCUUUGAAUGAGUCUCUCCAUACAUGUAACAUUUGGUCUUGUAAAUAACUAAUGUACUUGUUAAAGGGCCCAUGUCAUGCUUUUCUGGUUAUUACCCGUCCCCUUGUGUGUUAUGAAGGUUUUCCUGCAUGUAAACGGUCUGCAGAGUCACAAACCCUUAAAGUACACCCUGU